GCGUCGAACACUCCUCAUCGCCCAACGACAAAAUGGUCCGCUACGCCCGCACCGAGAAGGAGAUCGACUCCGCAAAGAGCGCCCGCGCUCGGGGCUCUUACCUGCGUGUCUCGUUCAAGAACACCCGCGAGACCGCACAAGCCAUCAACGGCUGGAAGCUCCAGCGCGCCCUCACCUACCUCGAGAACGUGCAGAACAAGGCCGAAGCCGUGCCAAUGCGACGAUAUGCCGGGAGCACUGGCCGUACUGCCCAAGGCAAGCAGUUCGGUGUCAGCAAGGCCCGAUGGCCAGUCAAGAGUGCUGAGUUCUUGACUUCUCUGCUCAAGAACGCUGAGGCCAAUGCCGACACCAAGGGUCUGGAUACCAGCAACUUGAUUGUCAAGCACAUUCAGGUCAACCAGGCACCAAAGCAGCGCCGACGCACAUACCGUGCUCACGGUCGUAUCAACCCAUACAUGUCCAACCCAUGCCACAUCGAGCUCAUUCUCACUGAGGCUGAGGAGGCCGUCGCCAAGACUACCGACGUUGCCAACCGUGACCAGCACCUGUCGAGCCGUCAGCGUGCUCAGCGCCAGCGCAAGGCGAUCACCGCGGCUUAAAUUAGUUCAGCGAUGACGGGGAGACGGCAUGACAUGGAUGCACGAACGGAGUUUUGCAGGACCAGGCGCAUGAAAGAGUUGCUCAGAGAAAGUGACUAGAAAUGGGAAUGCCGGAAAUGGCUUGCUUGUAUGCAAUGCGGUUUACACCAGCUGCUUCUGUUCUUUACAGCAUAACGCCGCUUCAUUGCGAAUGAGAAAGCCUUCGGUCACGUCAGAUGGGAUCCGAGCAAAAACACCAUUUCCAUGCUUCAU